GUAAUAAUUAAAAAAAUGAAGUUGACAUUUUUCACUUGUGUAAUAUUUGCGGUAGUUGUAGUUUCGGUGAAAACUGAAGAAAAAUAUACAACAAAAUAUGAUAACAUCAAUAUUGACGAAAUUAUUAACAACGAUAGAUUACUGAGAAGUUACGUGGAUUGCCUUCUAGGGACUAAACCUUGUACCAAAGAUGGAGAAGAAUUGAAAAAGGUUCUCAAAGAAGCUCUGGAAACUAAAUGUGCUAAAUGUAGCGAAGCACAAAUAGAGGCUGCAAAGAAGAUAGGUAUCCAUCUGAUUAAAAACAAAAGACCAUGGUUUGAUGAGCUUGUAGAAGCUUUCGAUCCAGAUCAUACCAAAUUGGAUCAAUACAAAGAAGAUCUUAAGGCAGAAGGAGUUGAACUAUAG